AUCAGAGAUACUCCUACAUCUGCCUUAUAUCCAGAGCACCUUUCUCUCUUCAAGAUCCAUAAGUUUCGUCAAAUCCCACUACUUUUCUCGUUACCUUACAAAGCCAUGGGUGUGAAGCCUGAUAGUCUCCCUCAUCACUGUUCCGCUGGAGGAACCGGUGCUGUGUGUGAUGGCAAUACUUCCAUCACAUACAACAGAAAUGGGUCAAUUAUUAAACGCACAGCUCCACAUGCUAGCUCCGUUAACGGUCAUGAGGUCUACCUUUCAAUCACCAAUCCAGCGGAAACGACCGCUCCACUACAGAGGGCCUAUGUCGAAUGCAAGGGGAAUAACGGCGGCGCCGUCACAGCUGUUCAUGUUCAUUUCGCGAACUGCGUAGCCUUCUCUAAAGAAAUCAAAGAUGGAGAUGAAGAUUUCAAUAUCUGGGGUGACGGUUCCGUUUUUGACAAGGCUUACGGUAUCAAUGUUACUCUUGUCGUCAACUUACCAGCACAGGAGUCGUCUCUCGAACUCUACUCCGUAACUCUUGGAUUCGGCCAUGCCAUACCCCGGGACGGAAUCAAGAUCAGUCCUGGCUUCACCGGCCGCAAGAUUUAUUUUUCUGCCCCCUUGACAGAUGAUUAAGAGAAAAGAGUUGGUAACCCCCCGGCAUAGCAUCACCAUAUCAAUUGGUAGUUUAUGCAUUGGCACCCAAGCGAUAUAUUAUAGUUCUGACGCGGGGGUGGGAUAUUGAGAAUGACUCAAUUCAGGAACACUGGCAUCAGUUGAUAUAUACCUAUGAAUGCUCUAUAUUGAUUGCAUCUUUAUACUCUGGAAUACCUAGAUUGAUUCAUCGCCCCGGU